AUGAUAUAUCCACUGUUGACCACCACUUAUCCAUUGAUACCAUUCCUCUCCUCCGCAGAGAACGACACGGCUGUCGGUCAGCACAUCCGACGCUCGAGCUCUGGCGACACGUCCGGACCCGACGACGACCAACAGAUCACCGCCGAUGACGUGAUCGCCGCCGACGAGCAGAAGCAGACCGACAAUAACAAGACGGCCACCGAUGAGAAGCCCAUCGGUUCUGAUUACACCCAAAAGGCCGUCGAAUCGGCCAAAUAUUUCGGAAGUUUCAUAUUCAGCGCCGCGAGUAAAGCCCGACAGACUGUGACCGCGACCGCCAAACAAGUCAAACAGACCGUUGAACGCGCGGUA